UUGAAAUAUCUUCAGUUAAAACCUAAAUCUUGUAUUGAGAAGUCUAAUAGUUAGGAUGCUCUUCCUAAUUAUUUUCUCAUUGAUACAGUUGAUAGGAGGACAAGUUGAAGAGCUUGAUGUUGAAGAUGAAAUACUUGUUGUCAAUCCAGAGAUUAAAGAAACAGCUAUACAUAAUACUUCCGGAUUUAUCUGGGGUCCUCCACUUUCACGUGGAGAAAGGAGUCAAUCAAGAAGUCUGAUUGGUGCUAAUGUAACAGGAGAAGAUUUAGAGCUUAUGAAGCUAGGUCUUGAAAGUGAAAGACAUGCUAUUGGAAGAAGUAUUCAGAGGGAUUUAAAGUACCGUUGGCCAAAUAGUAAAGUUCCUUACAGGAUUGAAGCGGCUAUAGAUCAAGAAAAACGUACCAUUAUUGCAUCGGGUAUACAAAACAUAGAAGAUAACACUUGUAUUCGGUUUGUUGAAAAAACUGAUACAGAUUUAGAUUGGGUUGAUAUUUUCACAACCGGUGCUAGUGGGUGUUUUGCUAAUGCUAGAUACCUUGGACCUGGUUUUGGAUCCCACCAGGUUGGGCUUGCAUUCUCUGCUACUAGUACAUGCUUUACUAAGGGUAUAGUUGUUCAUGAACUGCUGCAUAUACUGGGAGUUGCUCAUGAACAACAAAGACCGGAUCGAGAUGAUUUUAUCACAAUAGACUGGACAAAUUUGCAGGUGGAUAUGUCUUACAACAUGUGGAAGGACUCCUGGGAUACAGAAGACCUAGCAACUUUAACAAAAUGUACAUUGACUGGUGCAACACAAGCUACUGCAGACUUUACUAACUGUGUUAGUGGUGACACAGUAACUGCUAUGGGUCUUGGAUAUGACUUCAAGUCUGUUAUGCACUAUAGACUCAGAAGUUUUGCAGUCGACUCUUCAAAACCUGUAAUGACACCUAAAGAUGCAAGUAUAACUGAUGCUAAUGUGGGAAACACUGAACUCUCUCCAAUGGAUAUUACUAAACUACAAAGAAGUUAUUACUGUACUGGAACCACCCAGAGUUCUUGUGGAGGUUCUUACUAUUCAACAACUGGUGGAACAGUCUCAGGAGAAACCCUUACAGGAACAUCUGAAUGUGAGUUUAUCUUUUCAACUGAAGUUGGCAAAGGAAUUAAACUAGCUGUAUCAGCUACGUUUGCUGGAUCCUGUAGCACUGACUACCUAGAGAUUAGAAUAGGAACAAUGACUGGAGCUCUCAUUGGUAAAUACUGCCAGGGCAAUCCUAUUCCAGCUGAAUUGUUUCUAAAAACAAACAAAGUAUGGAUGAGAUGGGUUAAAACAACUUCAACCUUGACUGGAACUUGGACUGUGGACACAAUUACCUGUUCCUGUGACAAAAUAAAAAUGGACAACUUAGAAUGUAGUUCAUGCAGCAUAUUUUAUGAUAAGUCAGUAACAUUAGUCGGUGGGAAACCUUCUUAUCAAAAUGGAGAAAGAUAUGUAUUUUGGAAUAGCAAUCGCAACAAGUGGAUGAUUUCAACUUCAACAAAUACAGACAGUGCUUUUACAACUAAUGAGUUGGCAUACUACUGUCCAGAGGAUCUGUCCUCAGGAUGGACACAAAUUGUUGAUGGCAAAUUUGUUCCAAGUGCAGCAGGUUCAAUGAGAUGCAGUGAUUGUGUAAGAUUUCCUGCUACUCCAGAGUGUGUUGCUUGCUGUUCCAAUAUUCUACUAAGUAGCACCUCACAGGCCACAAUAGAUGGAUUCUCACUCCUUGGAAAAUAUAUACCCUAUGCUACUCAAACAGAAAUUAAUGGCAAGAAGGUUUAUGUCAAAGAAGGUGAUACUAGAUACUGUUUAAGAACUCCAGUAGCAGGAGGGAACUGGGUUUUGGGAGUAUGUUCUGAUCUUACUGUAACUAGUGGCUUUGCAUUCGGAGAUUCAUCUAAGUGUCCAGAACAGUCUGGCCCAACAUGGAGAAUUGCUAUUAGUGGAUCACUCCAAGCAGAUCCUUUGUUCAAAGUGACUUGUGCUGAUCCAACAACUACAGCUUCAACCUCUACGGCAGCUUCAACCUCUAAAAUAGCUUCAACCUCUGCCACAGCUUCCACCUCUAUCACAGCUUCAACCUCUACCACAGCUUCAACCUCUACAAUAGCUUCAACCUCUACCACAGCUUCAACUUCUACCACAGUUUCAACUUCUACCACAGCUUCAACUUCUACCACAGCUUCAACCUCUACCACAGCUUCAACCUCUACCACAGCUUCAACCUCUACCACAGCUUCAACCUCUACCACAGCUUCAACCUCUACCAUAGCUUCAACAACCUCUACCACAUCUUCAACUUCUACCACAGCUUCAACCUCUACCACAGCUUCAACCUCUACCACUGGUUCAACCUCUACCACAGCUUCAACCUCUACCACAACUUCAACCUCUACUACAGCUUCUUCUACUACUGUAACUUCUUCAUUGUCUACUACAGCUUCUACAACAGGAACAUCAAUUGGAACUAGAGCUCCGUGUGAAGCUUGCAAGACUGUCUUAGAUGGAGCAAUGGCUGGAAUUUACAAAUUGAAGGAGUCUAACUUCCCAUCCUGCUUGAACGGAUGCUUGUAUGAGUUUGGCUCAAAUUUCUACUGUUUUGUACCAGGAGAGUUUAAAGUCACCCCUACCUGUAGUUGAAUACCUAAACAAGACUUGGACAUCUACUAUAAAACAUAUUAAUUGGUCAAUUUCAAAAUUAUUUUCACACAAAACUAAAUAAAUUGAUUCAAAACAAAAA